CACCGCCGCUAUAUUUGUAAAGUUCACGAUUGAGAGCGGACGUGUUUUUUGUUUGCUGCACACACACAACAAUAAACACAAAGGUGCAAAACGUGCCACAGGAUCCAUUUGCAACUCGUAAAUUCAAAUUGUAGUUUUUUGUGCACACUCGUCAUCAAAAUAAAUACAAAUCGAAAAUUAAAACAAAAAAUAAAAAUAAAAAUACGUGAGUCCGCAGCAAACUUUUGUUGAUUGAAAUGCAACACGCGCAAAGCAAUAACAAUAACACCAACUACAACCAUUACAACUACAGCGACAACUACAACAACAAUAACGAACUACAACUUAACUAGCAAAUAUCAAAAGUUUCAAGAAGCCGCCAUAACAACAAAUACUGCAAAGUGCAAAUACAACAACAACAAAACACAAUAACAAUAAUAUUGCAAAAACAAAAACUAAAUAAAUUCAUCGCAAUCAAUUUCUCAAGUCAGCAAAAGAAAAGAGUUUAAAUUCAAAUACACAAAAAAAAGGCAAAAUCGAAUAAAAUACAAAAAAAAAACGAAAACUAAAACACAUACAACAAAAGAUAAAGCAAUUGUUUUUGCACUCUGUCCAGUGAAAUACGAGCGAGCGAGAGCGAGUAACAAGAAGGAGCAGAGCUGAAGAGAGGAGCGAGUGAGAGAGCAAAGGCCCAUCAAAUAAUCAUAAUAACAACAACAACAAAAUGUCGGCGCGAAUUGUGAAAAAACCGACUUCGAUUUUUGGCGGCGGCAAUUCACCAUAUUUCGAUUGCGGCGACAUUCUCCAAGCGGUUGCCAGUGAUCUGCAGCAGCAACAGCAACCGGAUCACAUCCUGCUCGACGCCAGCAUGGAACAGCAACAACAACAACAACAGCAGCAACAGCAGAGUCGCCAACGUCGCCUGCACGGUUUACUCACACGCACAAUUUCACAGCCAACACAGCAUCAGGUGAAUCAGUUGAACCAACAACAACAACAACAGCAGCAGCAGCAACAACAACAGCAGCAACAGCCGAAUGCUUCGCUGGUGACAAUUAUCGAGGAUCUAAACAGCAUGAAUCUGCAUCGCAAGCUGGAGAGAACGCAGUCGGAGCCGCUGCCGCCGCAGCAGCCAAUGAACACAUCGCGCUACAAGACGGAACUGUGCCGUCCCUACGAGGAGGCAGGGGAGUGCAAGUACGGGGAGAAGUGUCAAUUCGCCCAUGGUUACCACGAGCUGCGCAAUCUGCAGCGUCAUCCCAAGUACAAGACCGAAUACUGUCGCACCUUCCACAGCGUUGGCUUCUGUCCCUACGGACCGCGUUGCCACUUUGUCCACAAUGCGGACGAGGCACGUGCCCAGCAACAACAACAGCAACAACAACAGCAGCAACAACAACAACAGCAGGCAGCUCAAGGCAAAUCGUCAGCGUUUCCUUCGCCAACUGGCAGCAACAAUUCACCAAGUGGCAACAACAUUUCGAGUGGCAACAUUACAAGUGGCAACAUCAGUCAGUACUUCUUGCCACUGAGUCCGCCGCUGAGCAUGAGCACGGGAUCUGAUCGCGAGUCUCCCACCGGAUCGUUGUCCCUCUCGCCCACAAAUUCGCUCACAAAUUUCCCAUUCCACGAUGCGGUUGCCUAUUUGAAUAUGCCACCAAAUGGGGCAGGUGGCAGUGUGGCAAAUGGAAAUGUUGCUAACGGUGUUGUUGGUGGCAUGUUGAAUGGUCAUCAUCAUCAUGCUGGAGCUGGAGGAUCGACAUCAUCGGCAUCAUCGGCAUCGGCAUCGUCCACCUCGUCGCCCCCCACGCCCCCCGACAGCCCAAAUGCGCCCAUUUCGCCGGUUCACACGCCGCCGCCAUCGUCACAGCAACAACAGCAACUCUAUCAGGAGGUGCAUCAGGUGCACAAGCAGCUGGUGCAGAAGAGCGUCAGUUCGCCAAUGCAUUUGCAACAACAUCACCUGCAACAACAACAACAACAACAGCAGCAACAACAACAUGAGGAGGCGCCUCGCUUGCCUGUGUUCAAUCGUCUCAGCUCCGCUGUGGAGACUUAUCAGCAGCACUCCAAUCUGGGACUAUAAAAAGUGCACUCCCCGCCACCCUUUCCCUUCCCCCUUUCCCUUCACUGCUACAGACAACAAUCUCAACAACAACAACAACCCUAAUUUCCCAUCACUUUCUCUCUCUCUCUCUCUAUUAUUGAAGCAAUAUUGCACUAUUGUCAUCUCACUCACACUGUUAACAAUGCUUGCAUUACUUUGCUUCUAUUGUCAUCUCACUCACACUCAACCAGCAACCAGCAAAGUGCAAGCUAUCGAUAUCGAUAUCGAUAUCAUGUUAUCGAGCGACAAGUUCGCUCUCAAUUUUGCUCAAA